AAACUGGUGCAAACCUCAGAAGCUUUAAUAUUGUUCUUUGGUUGCUUUGUUGUUGUAGGUUACAUGUGUUCUCCUGCAGUUUUGGACAAAGAUGGUGUAAGUGCGGCUGCCAUUGCUGGCGAGUUUGUCUCUUACCUGGCUUCUAAAAAUAGAACUCUGUCCCAUCAACUCAGAUCCAUUUAUGAGGAGUAUGGUUACCACAUUUCCAAGAAUUCCUACUUCAUCUGUCACGACCAAGACACCAUUAAACGCUUGUUUGAGCGUCUUCGGAACUAUGCCGGGGAGAAUUCGUACCCUAAAGAGUGCGGGGACUUUGCCAUCACAGGAGUGAGAGAUCUUACGACAGGCUAUGACAGCAACCAGCCAGACAACAAGGCCGUUCUGCCCACCAGUAAAAGCAGUCAGAUGAUUACCUUCACCUUUGCUAACGGGGGCGUGGCUACAAUGAGGACCAGCGGCACAGAGCCUAAAAUCAAAUAUUACACUGAGCUCUGUGCUGCACCAGGAAACAGGUUUUUAGACAGCUUCAUUAUUUUACACUGUCAUCACUAUAG